CCCUGACCCGCUCCCGGCGGCGGGCACGGGGGUGCGACGGGAGCCGCGGACAGCAGCCGUCCGGAGCAGGGUGGGCAGACCCGGGCCAGGGCUAAGCCGGGCCGGAUGGGCGGCACGGCAAGGCCAGGGCCUGGGGACCCCCGGUGCGGCUGAUCCGGCCCAUGGCGGCGGGCGCAGGCGCCUUUGCGUGGGCCACGUUCCCCUCCAUGCCCACCCGGCGCGUGUACUGCAGCGCAGCGCACCGCGACGGGCAGCUCUUCGUGCUGGGCGGCUGCGGCGGCAGUGGCAGGGCCCUGGGCACUGCUGAGCUGCUUGACCUGACCGCACAGCGCUGGACCACGCUCCCACCACUGCCCACGCCAAGGGCUGGUGCUGCUGCCCUCGCCCUGGGCAAGCAGAUCCUGGUGGUGGGUGGUGUGGAUGCGGCGCAGAGCCCCCUCGCCUCCGUUGAGGGCUACCACGUGGAUGAGGGCAAGUGGGAGAAGAAGGCGGCGCUGGCGCAGCCCUCCAUGGGCAUCUCAGCUGUGCAGAGAGAUGGGACCAUCUACGCCUUGGGGGGAAUGGGGGCAGACACCUCUCCCCAGGCACUGGUCCGAGUCUAUGAGCCGGCGAAGGACCACUGGCAGCCCCUGCCCUCCAUGCCCACCCCUUGCUACGGGGCCUCCGCCUUCCUGCAGGGCAACAAGAUCUUUGUUCUGGGGGGCCGGCAGGGCAAGCUGCCUGUCACUGCCUUCGAGGCCUUCGACCUGGAGACGAGGAGCUGGACGCGGUACCCCAGUGUGCCGAGCCGCCGUGCCUUUGCUGCCUGCGCCAUGGCCGAUGGCGUCGUCUUCAGCCUGGGCGGGCUGCAGCAGCCGGGGCCACACAACUUCUAUUCCCGUCCACACUUUGUCAACACCGUGGAAGUGUUUGAUCCUGCGCAGGGUGCAUGGAGCAAGCCGAGCCGUGGUAUCCGCAUGAGGGAGAAGAGAGCCGACUUCGUGGCUGGCUGCCUGGGAGGAAGAGUGGUGGCUGUGGGUGGCCUCGGGAACCAGUCCUGCCCGCUGGACUCGGUGGAAGGGUUCAGCCCCUCGCAGAAGAAGUGGGAGCCACUGCCACCCAUGCCCACGGGCCGCUGCUCCUGCUCCAGCUGCCCGGCGCCCAGCCUGCUCUUCGUCAUCGGUGGGGUGGCUCAGGGCCCCAGUGGGGCCGUCGAGGCUCUGUGCCUGCGCGAGGCACCCUGAGCUGGGCCCUGGGAACCAGCCCUGGCCGAGCACCAAGUGCCUGAAGAUGGGGACAGGGUGUGUACCGGUGCGUGUGAGUGACCUGGCUCCGGAGUGUCAUCGUCCCAUGGCACCGGGCACCAGAGCAGCCGUGGUGUCUCUCUGUGCCAUGGAAUCACCUCUGGGCUCCUGCAGUGCUGUGGCAAUGGAGCCUGGGGUUAACGCCUGCCUAGUGGGAGGGCUGUGGCUGGUGGCACAGAGGGAGCAGCAGUGGUAGGACGGUUGCUGGUCAUGCUGCCCCCGUCCGUGCCGCGGCAUGUCCUUGCCGUGUGUGUAGCAGUAAGUGCUGUGUCGUCAUAGACCCAGUCGAUGUCUCAUGUAGCACAGAGGUGCCCUGUAGCUCAGUGCCUAGGAGGUGAUGUAGCACCUCAAAUAAAUGAAACACGUGGAGUUUUA